CAGAGCUGUCAGUCUGGGGGUGUGGGGGGGGGUGAGGGUGAGUUGUCUGUGGCUGAGUGUCUGCCGUUGUCAGCGGCUUCCUCACCACCGACCCGCUGCCUGUCCAGGCCCCAGCCUUCCCUCCUCGGCCGCAGCGCCCCCCUCCACACACACACACACACUGAUGUCCGCGGGAUGAACAAACAGGACAUGGCAGACGAGGCUCUCUUCCAGUUCCUGCACAUGGAGAUGGUCUCUUACAUGUACAAGGCGGCGGAGCAGGGAGACAUGGAAAGUGGAAGAUGCGUCACAAAGUUGGAGAACAUGGGAUUCAGAGUAGGACAAGGAUUAAUAGAAAGGUUUACAAAAGAUACCGCACGAUUCAAAGAUGAACUGGAUGUCAUGAAGUUCAUCUGUAAAGAUUUCUGGACCAGUGUGUUCAAAAAGCAGAUUGAUAACCUUCGGACCAACCAUCAGGGUAUUUAUGUGCUCCAAGACAACAAGUUCCGGCUCCUGACUCCGAUGUCUGGAGGGAAGCAAUACUUGGAACAUGCACCUAAGUAUUUGGCAUUUACUUGUGGGCUGGUGAGAGGUGCCUUAUCGAACCUGGGAAUUAAGAGUAUUGUGACAGUGGAAGUUGCAGCAAUGCCUGCAUGCAAAUUCCAAGUAAUGAUACAAAAGUUGUAGAAGAUGUCUGUAAGCACAAAUGAAGUAUUCUUGAAAACAUAUUUAAAACCAUGAAAGUAUUUCAUAAUAUUCCAUAAAACAGCAUUACAGUAUAUCAUAUUUUGUUUAUUUUUAAUGUUUGUAUUUUUAAAAACAAAAUCACCUCUUUAGCUAUAAACUUAGGUUUGAGAAUUGUUGAGAUUUUAGAAAUGGAUGCUUUACACAAUGGGUGUGUGUGGACCACUAGAGUAAUAACAUAAUUGGCAGAUUAAAGCUUUGCCUUAUGUUAGUGAAAUAGAAUUUGGACUGUUGGUUUUCAGCAUGCAAUCAACAUUUGGUGGUAUAUGUUUAGGGAACCAUUUCUUUCUUUAAAAAGGUCUCAUUUUAAGAUGCUGUUUUGCACUUUUAAGGGGCGAGAAACCCACUUCUUUCAACUGAUUUUUCUUGGGGUGCAAUUCCAUUUCACUGCCUUCUACACAAUUUUUCUCUGACUGAAAAUAUACAGGUCACAUUAAAUUUAAAAUUAUUGACCCAUGGAAAUUUUUCACAUGUACAUCUAAAUGGGCAGAAUUCAUUGAUUCAUUCCUUUUUGUGACCAGGCAUGUGUAUAACUCUGCAUGUGAAUAUUUGGGAGAAGGGAGAAUUGGAUAAGAACUGAUUUAUAACUAUGUUUGACGAUUUGUUUAACUUGGGGCAUCGAGGAUGUUAAAAUUCCAUGUUGCAAAUCCUGCAGUCAGUUGGUAUUAAUUAUUUUAAGGGGAACAAAAGAGCACAUUUUCUGAAAUCUAAUAACUGGCAAUAUCUAUCCCUUCAUUUUAAUUUGCAACGUGUAGUCAGUGUUGCAUGCUUGUGCUCAUCCAACCAGAAUAAAAUAAUGGGCUCCUGUUUGCACUUUGCUAGCCAUCUCAAGUGACCAUAUGUAUAAGCAAAUGCUACUAAUAGGAUUUUGUCAGUGAUGAUUCCUUGGGAUAAAUAUUACUCAUGAAAUGACUUUAAAAUAAUUUAUCACUGAGUGCAUUGUUCAUUUUUGCAGUACCAGGAUUUGUGGGGAUACUGCCUUCAUUUAGAGGGGGCUGUAACGCUUGCAUCUAACAAACAGGAUAAUUUGUGUGUCUGUUGGAACGGAGAGAGGACUGGCAUUAAUGAUGAGUGACAAUAAGAUAUGUUGAGGAGGAUUAUUGAAAAUAUUUGUGAUUUCAGCAAAAGGGACAAUAAUUGCAAACAGUAAUUCUGAUUGGAUCAGAAUUGUCCAAAUACAUUUCAAAGAAUACUGAAAGCAUUCUGAAUAUUUAACUAAUCACUGAUUUAUAGUCUUUCUUUGCUCAGUACAGUGGAUGUUCACCAGCUUAAUGUAUUAGCACACCAACAUGUACUGGACAAAGUGGAUACUGUUAUUUAUUUUGAAGUGUUAAUGUAAUGUUUUGCUGAAUAUAGUGAAUUGAAGCAAUGAUCAAUAAAACAUGAGAAAUGAAAA